UCAGUGCCUCCACGCGCGCGGCCGUUAUUCGACUUCAUCGACACAGUGUGUUCGCCUACCCCAUCGUGCAUCGACUCAACUGUAUGUGUGUAUGCGGACCGAGCGCGCCCUCGCCUCAGCCGAGCGGCGCGCCGCCGCCCUCGCCACCGGCCGCUGGUGCCGCAUCCUCCUCCAGCUCCUUCCGUGCAGCACGCCGGCCACCUUUGUCACGGCCACGGCGGCCGCCGCAUACCGCUCUCGCAUGCCUGGUCGACUGCAGCAGAUCUCCGUCUACGCCGCCGCGAGCGAGGCUUCGCUCACCCUGUUUAUCGGCGGCGCAGCCCUCUGCUUGAUCCAGAUCGCUGCGCUCGUGGGCCUCCGUGCCGCCCUCCUGCUGACCCUCGCGAGUCCCCGCACGGCUGCCGUCGAGCGGGCGUUCCGCCGGAGCGUGCUCUUCUUCUGCACCGGUGGAGCGGCGCUCGUUGCCGCUGCUGCCUUGCCGUGCUGCUGGGUCGACGUGGCCGCCGGCACAUGGUCAGGGCGGCCCACCCUCCCUCUCCACAACUGUUUCGCCUUCUUCGCCUUUGGCUGCUGCUGCCUCGCCGAGUGCCUCGAUGCGUACGCGUGCUUCCUCCUCUUCCAUCGCGAUCGCGUCCGUCUGCUCGGAGGGCUGACGCCGCUCCUCGCGGGACUCUGCUUCACGGGCUACGGGUUUGACUGGGGCCACGAAGGCGGGAAGUUUGGGAUGGGCGUGGGUCGCACGGCGGCGCUGGAGUGGGCGGGAGGCAUCGUCGCCUUUUGCUACUUUGUCCCGUUCUCGUGGCGCGUGCCGUCGCUUUGCGCCCGCGCGCAAGCGGCAGGGUGCGCCGACGGGCGGGAGGGAAAGCGGGGCAUGGACGGGGAGGAGGGCUCACUGCGUUUGGGCGGUUGAGACCCAGAAAAAUAUAGGUACACGUACGCGAGUCUCCGCUGAGUAUUUCUCCCAG